GUACACGCAUGGUGAAAAGCUGAUUGUUGAGAGUCUAAUACACCAACAGUGUUCGUUUAACAGUGUUAAAUUAACACUGUCGGUUGUUUGAUUGUAACAAUUGAGUAGUUCUCACCUGAAAUUUCUAGUUCAUCUCGUAGUGUCCUUUGAUUCACCAUGCCUAAUAUUAAAGUUUUCAGUGGAUCAUCUCAUCCUGAUUUGGCUCAAAAAAUUGUGGAAAGACUUGGUAUACACAUCGGAAAGACAGUUCUAAAAAAAUUUAGUAACCAAGAAACUUCAGUAGAAAUUGGUGAAAGUGUCCGUGGUGAAGAUGUCUUCAUAGUACAAUCAGGAUGUGGUGAAGUUAAUGACAAUCUAAUGGAGGCUUUAAUUAUGAUUAAUGCUUGUAAGAUUGCCUCUGCAGCAAGAGUAACUGCUGUUAUACCAUGUUUUCCAUAUGCUCGACAAGACAAAAAGGACAAAUCUCGAGCUCCAAUCAGUGCUAAGUUAAUAGCUAAUAUGCUUUCUGUGGCUGGAGCAGAUCAUAUUAUUACAAUGGAUCUACAUGCAAGUCAGAUUCAAGGAUUCUUCGAUAUCCCAGUAGAUAACUUGUAUGCUGAACCAGCUGUACUCAAAUGGAUUAAAGAAAACAUUCCUGACUGGCAUCAAUGUGUGAUAGUUUCUCCUGACGCUGGAGGUGCAAAGCGUGUUACCUCAAUUGCCGAUCGACUAAAUGUCGACUUUGCCCUGAUUCAUAAAGAAAGAAAAAAGGCUAAUGAAGUAGCCUCUAUGGUUCUUGUUGGUGAUGUCAAGGAUAGGGUUGCAAUCCUAGUUGAUGACAUGGCUGACACAUGUGGAACUAUUUGUCAAGCAGCUCAAAAAUUAAUCGAGGCUCAAGCAUCAAAAGUCUAUGCCAUUUUAACUCAUGGUAUUUUUAGUGGCCCUGCCUUACCUAGAAUCAAUUCAGCAGCAUUCGAGGCUCUAGUAGUCACAAAUACCAUUCCACAAGAUGAAAAUAUGAGAAGAUGUCCAAAAAUUCAGUGUAUCGAUGUUAGCAUGAUCCUCGCUGAAGCCAUCAGGAGAACUCAUAAUGGUGAAUCCGUCUCUUACCUCUUUAGCCACGUACCAAUGUAAAAUCAAAUCAAUAUUCACAACAAAAAAUUGACAAGCAUUUUCUGUGACUUUGGGAAGCUUACUGUUCAAUUUGGAUUUCUUUUUUUUUCGACGAUAAAUUGUUAUUUUCAUCAAUCAAUCUAUUCACAGAAUAUGAUGCUGAACAUAAAUAGAUACAUUAUGCUUCCAGAAUGUUACAUUAAACUUUCGGACUCAUUAGUUUUGUUUUGUUAUCCCUAAAGAUAUUAGAUUUUUGGCUUGAAAAAAAGAAUCCUAUUGAGUUUAAUGUAAUUAAUUGUUUUUGUUUCUAGCUUAAUCAUGUUACUGCCUGUUGCUUGCCGUUAGGCAUUAUUUUUUAUUUGAAAGAGUUCCUAAGCUUAUUUUCAUUUUGCCUUUUUUCAGCUGUUUAUUCAUGUUCGCAUGUGUAGCUUUACCUGAUCAUUAGACUAAGUUCACAAUCAACUUUGUAGAAAUACUAUUUAAAAUGUUCCAAUGUUUAAAUGUAACUUAUGUAAGUUUACAAUUCAGAAUUCACUAUCAAUUUAACGUUACUAUUUUUAUUUCUCUAUGAGAUUACCAUGACUUGAGCAAAAAUGUAUAUGAUUACAUUUCAAGUGAAAUAAUGAUUGUUUUGAUAAAAUGGGUUUACCAAUUUACAAGCAAUUAUUUAAUGUAUACAAUGUACUUUAAACUGCAGCUCUUAGCUGACUACAAAGCAUUAUCUUAUAUCAUCUAAAUUGUCAGUAAAUCAAUCUUAUAUAGUCAAAGUAAAUGCAUUAUUCCCUAUCUACCUCUGUAUUAUUGUGAUUGAAAUCACUUGGACGUCAAAUGACCAAAAAGCUUCAAUAAAAACAUUGAGAUAUUUACCUUAUAAA